AAAAGUGAAAUUUCCAGCAUCCAUUAUGGUCUGGGGCAGUAUGUCAUCAAAAGGAGUAGGAAAACUUCAUUUUAUUGAUGGAAAUGUAGAUACUAACAAAUAUUUGGCAAUUUUAGAAGAAUCGCGUUUACCAGUGAUGGAAGAAUGUUUGACAUCCGGCCAAGAUUUUGUGUUUCAGCAAGAUGGUGCAGCGUGCCAUACUUCAAAAAAGGCUAUAAAACGGAUGGAAGAAAAUAAUGUACCACUUUUGAAAUGGGUUUCUACCAGUCCAGCUCUGUCACCUAUUGAAACUUUGUGGGACGAGAUGAAAAAGCAGUCUUUCCAUAAGCUUGAUUAA